AUGUUCCUAUGUCCAAUUGUGCCCGGCAGCGCCGUCUAUCUGUUUGCUGGAGUCGUUUUGGGAGCACAAAGCCAGCUUGACGGACGGCCUGGCUUUGCAGUGGGUGUGCUUGCCGCGAUUGUGGCCAGCUCGUUUGCCAAGCUCACCGCGUGCGUUGGCCAGUACCUGAUGGGCUACCUAGCAGGGCAAUCAAUUAAAGUGCAGCAGAUGGUCGGCGUGGACAAGGUCCCCACCCGAGCGACGGAGAAGAUCCUGAAGCAACCUGGGCUCUCCCUCGGAAAGGUGUGCAUCCUCGUGGCAGGCCCAGACUUCCCAACAAGUAUGCUGUGUGGGAUUCUGCGGCUGAGCAUUCCACAAAUGCUGAUUGGGACUAUGCCGGUCAUUUUGGUCAGUAUCAUUCCCCAGGUCUUGGUGGGAGGUCUCAUCACGUACCAAGGAUCUUCAGCUGAUGACGGUUCAUCCAGCGUCCUGUCAAUGGUCUCUACUGCUGUCACGGGCUUCGCCGCCGCAUCACAGGCGGGCGCCACUUUGCUGUUCUCUUGGCGCAUCAUGAAGACGGUGGAGCAGGAUAGCGAGGAGCUGGCAAAGCCUCGACCCGAGCAUGAGGCCGUGGCCGAGCUGACCAAACAGGACUGCCAUGUCGGACUUGUCACGCUGAAGAGACGUUUUCGAUGGGCCCUCAAAGCGGCGACCAGAAUGAGAAACGCGCACCAGAGCACGGUUGUUAGACAUUCCUGCCGCAGGAAGGCGCAUCCUGGCCGCAGAAAAGAGGCCAGCAUGUGA